AUGGACGCGUUCGAGAAGCUAGAGAAGGUCAGGGAAGGAACGUACGGCAAGGUUUACAAGGCGCGGGAGAAAGCCACUGGCAAGAUCGUCGCUCUCAAGAAGACCCUCCUCCCCGAGGAUGACGAGGGCGUUCCUCCCACCACGCUCCGCGAGGUCUCCCUCCUCCGCAUGCUUUCCAUCGAUCCCCAUGUCGUCAGACUUUUGGAUCUGAAGCAAGACCAGAACAAGGAGGGGCAAACCAUUCUCUACAUAGUCUUUGAGUACAUGGACACGGAUAUGAAAAAGUACAUCAGAAGUUUCCGCCAGAGCAUGCCACCAAUGACUGUUAGGAUUUUGAUGUAUCAACUCUGCAAAGGAAUUUCAUUCUGUCAUGGUCAUGGAGUGUUGCACAGGGAUCUUAAGCCUCACAAUAUUUUAAUGGACCGCAAGACUAUGAUGCUAAAAGUUGCGGAUCUUGGACUCAGUCGUGCUUUCACCAUUCCCCUCAAGACAUACACGCACGAGCUUCCUGUAAGUGUUGGUGCAAAAUCUAAAUCUCGUGGUACCAUUGCAUCUGGUGCUUCUAGGAUUUCACAGGACAAGAGUCCUAUGCCAACAUCCUAUGGAGACUUUCAUAAUUCUUCAACUAUAUCUCAUGUUCCUGUGCUGGCCUUUGCUGCCCCUAAUUUGAAGUAG